AUGAUUGCCCCAACGAACAAGCCGACGAUGGUCAAAUGGGAGCAUUUGUCUUUUGUGAUCAUGGAUGCGCCAAACGACAGCAACUUGCACAUUUACUUGAAGGAGCUCAAGAAACAUAAUGUAACGGACCUCGUGCGUGCCUGUGAGGUCACGUAUAGUAGUGAGUCCGUGGAGGCCGCUGGUAUCCACGUUCACGAGCUUGAGUUCCCGGAUGGUGAGUCACCUGAUCCAGAAAUUCUUGAUCAGUGGCUGGAUCUAGUAGAAGAAUGUUUUAAGGAUAAUGCCAUUGAGUUUAAGAAUAACAAGUCGAUUGCGGUGCACUGCGUCGCUGGACUUGGCCGAGCCCCUGUUUUGGUAGCUAUCGCGCUGAUUGAGUACGGACUGGACCCUAUCAAUGCCGUGGAGCACAUUCGUAGAUUCCGGCGUGGAGCCAUUAACCUGCGGCAGCUCAAGUAUCUGGAAAAGUAUCAGCCUCGCCGUGGUAACAAGGCGAAGUGCACUAUCAUGUGA